CGACAACCACAAGGGCGCAAGGAGGGUAUAUUCUCUGUCCMAAAAUCCGAUCUAGCAUGGCAGCGAUAAAGCUCCUGCUUGCAGUCACGGGUAUCUUCUCCGGUGUAUACAUUUACAGCGAUGCCUUCAUUUUUCACCAUCGUCACAGAGCAGGGCUUCGGCUGCAACAGCAGCGAACAACACAUGCGGAUCGAUUGCCGCCGGCGACGGCUACAGCACUCACGACCGAAUGCGAAUCUACCAUGGACGCAGCGGAGCGAAAGAGCUUUACGGAGAAGCUUCUGGGUCGUCUCCAUCGGAACGAUACCACGCCCGUAGUCGUCGAAGGAUACGUGACGUCCAAACGAACGAUCGGAAAGAACCUCGCGUUUCUCGACUUUCAGGUCGACCACGACGGCUCUGGCGAAAAGGACAGCGAUCACAACCUGUGCCAGGCUCUGCUGCGGAGCGACAUCUAUGACGGACCUUGCCACGACGGCUACCGUCGCUGCCUCUUGAAAGGGUGCAAAUUCAGGCUGACCGGGGUGGCGUCGUCCACGAGAAUACCGGGGAAUGUUGUCUUGAUGCUGACGUCGAUGGAGCUUCUGGCGUUGCCCCACCAGUCGCAGCACAUCCAGAUUGUCUUGAAACUCGCCACAGAAGGAGAUCUUCCGUUCGACGAAGUGGUGCGGGCGUGUUCCCCGGCCCAAAAGAAUCACGGCGACCGCGACCAGAGCAUCCGGCUGGAACUCGAGGAGUGCCGUCGUCUGUCGUUGUCACCCAGAAGCACCGACGGCGACAAGGACGAUCCGCUUGCCGAAAUGGCCGGACGUAAACGAGUGAGCCGGCGAUUGAAGCGGAUCUCUAAGGAAAUUUUUGCUGCGCUGCCACACGAUCCACAAUAUCCGGUCGAAGCCGACCAAAGAGCGCUAUCCAAGGAGGGAAAUUUCAUGGUGCCCCCGGUUCCGAGCAAGUGGCAAAAAGUCCCAGAGCUGUUGCAGAGUGAAAUAGAGAAAUCAAAACAUGCCAAAGGCGAUCCGACAGGAAUCAUGGCAAAUGUUGAAGAGGAAAGGAGUGUGAAGGAAACCCUUUCUGAGAUCACCAAGACAACCAAAAGAGACGGUUUACAUAUGGGGGACCCCACCAUGAGAGUAUCGGUCACUGCAUGGGUGCAGAACAGGCGUCGGUUUCAAGGUAAUGUUACGGUCUUUUAUCUCGUAGAUGACAUGGACAAUCAGUCGUUUCAGAACCAGAAUCCACUCCAGGGCAACAUUAUGACAGAUUCGUUGGAUCGACUUCCGUGUUUACUCCACCCUGAUGCUUUGUCAAAAAAUGGCCUGCACGAUUCAAAUAUGUACCAAAACUUAAUUGCGAGUGGAUCAAAAGUACGCAUCGAAGGCCUGACUGUGCACUCGGAUGUUGACAAAAACAACAACAAAAACAAUGGCAACGAAGACAAAGGAGGCAACGAGGAAAAGCAAGCCUCGGCCCCGCUUUUGUGGGUUCAAAGCAUCCGCUUGGUGCGGUCCACGUUUCGCUCCGUUACUAUCCGUCAUCUUUUGGAUCUCCUCUUCGAGAAACGGAUCGAUCCAAGCGAAGCUUCCGAGGCAUUACUAAUUCCAUAUGAAGAAGCAAAACAGCUUUCCCUACAAUCCGAUGCAACGGAACGCCAAUGGAAGGCUAAUUUACUCGCUGUUCAAUUGCAAAAAGAACUGUCAUCCAACAGCAAAACGAUAGGAAGAGUGGAUCCACUAUUGUUGGAAGUGAUGGAAAAGUAUAGGUAUCUUUCCAAAAUACACCCCGUAAUUGCGACUGGCAUUGACGACGAAAUAACCACGGGAGAUGAUGAUAGCAAUAGUGAUAGAGUCAAGAGAGAUGCGCUAGAGAUGUCUUUGGGCGAGAAUGUGAACAGCAAGAACGUCCAGAGCAACGGACACAAUAAUUUAAAACGUGGUCCACGAGGUAUGCCGGGGAGCAAGUGGCAAAUCAAGAAAAAACCACAGCUUGAAUGGAUGAGCAGACAGAUUCAAAUGGUACUGGAGUCACAUCCAGACUUCAAAAAGCGGGAGCUCACGAUUCUCGACAUCGGUGGAGGCAAGGGGCAAUUAGCCAAUCAUCUCGGAACAAAACUGGGACAACACGUCAGAGUCCAUGUUGUGGACAUUUGUCAGGGCGCUGUGAUGAAUGGGAAGAAGAAGGCCAAGCGGCUCGACCUUCCCGUAGAUUUUCAGUUCGCGGAUGCGAGCAACUCAAAUUUGUUGGAUGCCGUGGAUGCAGACGUCGUCGUAGCCCUGCACGCAUGUGGCCACUUGUCGGAUGUCGCACUGAACCAUGCCAUUCACCGCCGUGCUGGAUUUGUGAUUGUCCCCUGCUGUUUCAAUUCCAACCCCCAUCUUAUGAUCCCUGUCAGCAAGAAGAACACCCUGACGAAGGUCCAGGAUUGGCUGGGAUUGCCCCCUGGUGACUGGUCCGCCUUGAAACUCCUUGCCGAAGUGCAAGACAACAUCCCACUUGCGAGCGAGGCAAUUGGAAUCAUUUGUGCCAUUCGCGCCCAAGCUGCAAAAAAUAAAAUGGCGAUGGAAAAGAAAGACGACUCGAAUGAAAGUGCUGCGUCUAGGGUCGUCGACCAAGACCGCGAAAUCACGAUCAAGAGCUUUCCAAUCCAAUAUUCCACAAGGAAUACUGUACUUAUUGGAAAAUGUUCAUGACUUGACGGACUGACAUCCAUACUUGCGGGCAGUUCUUUCGUGAUGCGAUGAGUUAGUAACAACCACAUCGGCUAGAAAAUCAAGUUUAUCUGUGCAUAAAUUUAUCCAACCAUU